AUCGGCUCAUUAAGCCGCCGCUCUUUUUGUUUUCUAUUCUUAUUGAGAGCCGAUGUUUAGAUUCUACAAAAAGUUAAUUAGUUGAUUGUUUUUCUAAUUGUUAUCCGUGUUUUAAUUAAUUUCCUUUUUUCUUUUAUUGUUUAUAAUGGAUUAUUUUUCUCUACACUUGGAAAAAUAUGUGUGGUCUUUUCGUCUCCUUCAGUGUUUAAAGUUGAAAAGAAUGAAUAAGAUUCGUGCAAAAAUUUUGGCCACACCGGAUAAAGCGAGAACCGAGGAAAGGAUUAUUGAACUGUAUCGCAUUUACGAAUCAUUGUUAAAUGAUAUUGGCCAAAUAAGCGGACAUUUGGGAAUACAGGCUAAAUCUAGAAGUGAUCAAAUAUUGGAAGAGAUUUCAAUGGAACGUGAUUUAUCUGACCAAUUUGACAGAAAUCAAUCUCGAAUCGAAGCUUUACUUGAACAGAGAAAUGACUUAAAAGGGCGAAUGAAUAUCACACAUGUAAAUUGUCAACAAAUCGCAGAUAAUUUGUCCAGCUUUACAGUAACCAUUGCCCCAGCUCAUGAUGAAGUCGAACAAUAUCGGAUUCAUGAUGUGAUUCAAAUGUUUCACCGGCAUUUAGCUCAACUUUUACGCCCCGCAGGUUCAAUAAUAUACACCGAUCAAAAUUUUCGACUAGAUCAGUCAAACUUUACAUUGCAUAUUCAUCCCAAUAACAAUGAAUACUUGGCGAUUGAUGAUAAAUUAAGAUCGGAUAUAUAUUUUCCAUCUCCUCAACCAUCUGAUUAUUCUCAGAUAACAUUAGUUCAAGAUGCUUCCCGUGCUGAAAGUGGCUUUUAUAUUUCCGAAAAUUCAAGUCAAAAUGUUUUCUUUAGAGCUCGAUCUCAUUUAAACGUGAGUGCUCCAAUAAUUAACCAUGCAGUUAACCAUUUACCUGUUAUCCCAUGGGUUGUUGUUGACUACACACCUAAUUAAUUUGAUCUUUUAGUCAUCAUCGCAAUUCAAUUAUUACUCAUUGUUAUUCUCAAUGAACACCAAUGUUCACACUGAUCGUUACCAUAAAAAUUUAAGGAGAAAAAGGAUAUUUAAUGAUGUUAUCAGGAAAUCAAUGGAGUUGAUGACGAUAAAUUGAUUUGACCUAUGCUCACAUUAUAUUAAAAGCUCAAAAGAGGAAAAAGUGAAAAUUGAAUAUAAAUACAUAUA